UUGUGCAGGUAUGGCACUUCCGGGUGUCUUCAGAUGUGGUUGGGGAGUGGGUUGUAGACAGUUAGGUGCUCAUUGUUUUUCUGACAAGUUAAAAGGAAUUGAAGAGUUCUACUUAUUGUUAAAAUGAACCGAAUAUUUGGUCGCGGAAAACCUAAAGCACCUCCGCCUAAUCUGUCGGACUGCAUAGGAAAUGUGGAUGCCAGGGCAGAGUCAAUUGACAAGAAGAUCUCCCGUCUGGAUGCUGAACUGAUGAAGUAUAAAGACCAGAUGAAGAAAAUGAGAGAAGGACCCGCUAAGAACAUGGUGAAACAAAAAGCUAUGAGGGUUCUGAAGCAAAAGAGACAAUAUGAAGGUCAGAGAGACCAGUUGGCUCAGCAGUCCUUUAAUAUGGAACAGGCAAACUACACCAUACAAUCACUGAAGGACACCAAGACUACAGUAGAGGCGAUGAAGAUCGGAGCCAAAGAGAUGAAGAGAGCUUACAAGGACGUCAAGAUUGAUCAGAUAGAAGACCUACAGGACCAGCUGGAGGAUAUGAUGGAGGACGCUAACGAAGUCCAGGAGUCUCUGAGUCGCAGCUAUGGAACACCGGACAUAGAUGAAGAUGACCUGGAAGCAGAGCUGGAUGCCCUGGGGGAUGAGUUAUUACUGGAUGAUGACAGUUCUUACCUGGAUGAGGCUUCCUCUGCCCCCUCCAUCCCAGAGGGCAUGCCCAGCGAGAGCAAGACCAACAAGGAUGGUGUUCUGGUGGAUGAGUUUGGUCUACCACAGAUCCCUGCUAGUUAGACCUGGAAAAGAAAAACAACUGCUGCACUCAGAACAAGAACCCUUUUAUAUUUAGAGUGACAUUUAUGCAUUACAACAGUAUGAGAAGAUCACUGCAGUAUUACCAUUAGAGUAGUACUGUAGUGUUGAUGCUGUAUUGGUAUGGAGUUUUUACCACUACAAUGCUAUCAUGUGGGCUCGUGAGAUGCCAGAAACCCAGCUUCCUCACAGAUCUGUCUGGGUGAUUUCCAGCGUCAUUGUUCAUUGUCAACACAAAUCUUCGACAUGACCAUGUUUGAGAGUUGACAUGAUAGCACCAUCAGGCUAACAUAAUAACAUAUUGCCAGUUAGUAUUGUCCUGUACAGUGUUAAUAAGCUUGUUCUACAUCAGUGUUGUGUAUGAUGGCUGAACCGAACCCUCGGGUCGCAAUGUUAACAUUUAGCUACUAACUCAUCAAGUCUGGGUUGGCUUGCUGUCUGCCUGUAAAAUGUCUGUUGGUUAUUUCAAAUGAAUAUAAAAAAUUCUGCAUUUUGAAGGACUGAUAGAUGUUUUUUAUCAUGUUUUAACCAAGGUUUACUACAAUCUUCUGAAAAUAAUUUAGCUUGAUUUUCUCUUUUUUGUCUAUUCUUGUGUUUGAUCAAUUGCAUUUUUUGGUCGGAUUAGAAGUAAUACAGCGGGCUGUCUGGCUGUCUGGUGGUGUACUCUGCUGGCUGUCUGGUGGUCUACUCUGCCGGCUGUCUGGUGGUCUAUUCUGCCGGCUGUCUGGUGGUCUAGUCGGCUGUCUGGCUGUCUACUCUGCCGGCUGUCUGAUGGUCUAGUCGGCUGUCUGGUGGUCUACUCUGCCGGCUUUCUGGUGGUCUACUCUGCCGGCUGUCUGGUGGUCUAGUCGGCUGUCUGGUGGUCUACUCUGCCGGCUGUCUGGUGGUCUAUUCGGCUGUCUAGCUGUCUGGUGGUCUACUCUGCCGGCUGUCUGGUGGUCUACUCUGCCGGCUGUCUGGUGGUCUACUCUGCCGGCUGGAUGUCUGGUGGUCGACCCUGCCGGCUGGAUGUCUGGUGGUCUACUCUGCCGGCUGGAUGUCUGGUGGUCUACUCUGCCGGCUGUCUGGUGGUCUACUCUGCCGGGUGUCUGGUGGUCUACUCUGCUGGCUGUCUGGUAGUCUAGUCGGCUGUCUGGUGGUCUAGUCGGCUGUCUGGUGGUCUAGUUGGCUGUCUGGUGUUCUACUCUGCCGGCUGUCUGGUGUUCUACUCUGCCGGCUGUCUGGUGUUCUACUCUGCCGGCUGUCUGGUGGUCUAGUCGGCUGUCUGGUGGUUUACUCUGCCGGCUGUCUGGUGGUCUACUCUGCCGGCUGUCUGGUGGUCUACUCUGCCGGUUGUCUGGUGGUCUAGUUGGCUGUCUGGUGGUCUACUCUGCCGGCUGUCUGGUGGUCUACUCUGCCGGGUGUCUGGUGGUCUAGUCUACUGUCUGGCUGUCUGGUGGUCUAGUCGGCUGUCUGGUGGUCUACUCUGCUGGGUGUCUGGUGGUCUAGUCUACAGUCUGGCUGUCUGGUGGUCUAGUCGGCUGUCCGGUGGUCUACUCUGCCGGCUGUCUGGUGGUCUAGUCGGCUGUCUGGUGGUCUAGUCGGCUGUCCGGUGGUCUACUCUGCCGGCUGUCUGGUGGUCUAGUCAGCUGUCUGGUGGUCUAGUCGGCUAGCUGGCUGUCUGGUGGUCUAGUCGGCUAGCUGGCUGUCUGGUGGUCUUGUCUGGUGGUCUAGUCGGCUGUCUGGCUGUCUGGUGGUCUACUCUGCCGGCUGUCUGGUGAUCUAGUCGGCUAGCUGGCUGUCUGGUGGUCUUGUCUGGUGAUCUAGUCGGCUGUCUGGCUGUCUGGUGGUCUACUCUGCCGGCAGUCUGGUGAUCUAGUAGACGUAGGGGAGACCAGGGACAACCAGACAGCCACCAGAGUAAACCACCAGACAGCCAGACAGGGCCCAACAGGCAGCAAAUAAAGACAACAUCUUUACAUAACAUCUUCACAUAAGGACAGCGUCUUUAAAUAACAACAUCAUUUCAUAAGGACAAUAUCUUUUCGUAAGGACAACAUCUUUACAUAACAACAGCUUAAGAUAAGGACAACAUCUUUAUAUAACAACAUCUUUUCAUAAGGACAAUAUCUUUUCAUAAGGACAACAUCUUUACGUAAGGACAACAUCUUUACAUAACAACAGCUUAAGAUAAGGACAACAUCUUUAUAUAACAACAUCUUUUCAUAAGGACAAUAUCUUUUCAUAAGGACAACAUCUUUACGUAAGGACAACAUCUUUACAUAACAACAGCUUAAGAUAAGGACAACAUCUUUAUAUAACAACAUCUUUUCAUAAGGACAAUAUCUUUUCAUAAGGACAACAUCUUUACGUAAGGACAACAUCUUUACAUAACAACAGCUUAAGAUAAGGACAACAUCCUUUAUAUAACAACAUCUUUUCAUAAGGACAAUAUCUUUUCAUAAGGACAACAUCUUUACGUAAGGACAACAUCUUUACAUAACAACAGCUUAAGAUAAGGACAACAUCUUUAUAUAACAACAUCUUUUCAUAAGGACAAUAUCUUUUCAUAAGGACAACAUCUUUACGUAAGGACAACAUCUUUACAUAACAACAGCUGAACAUAAGGACAAUAUAUUUACGUAAGGACAACAUCUUUAAAUAACAUCAUCUUUACAUAAGGACAACAUCUUUACAUAACAUCUUUACAUAAAGACAACAUCUUACAUUAGAACAGUGAUGCUGAUGUGGGGGGGGGCCACCAGGAACGUUGUCCCGGGCCCAGGCUUGGGGGACCCAUUUAGCAGUCUCAAAUAAAAUUGCUUAUUAGUCACUCUGUGUUAGUAUUCAGUACUUGUGUGUCUAUGCGCAGACAGAUGUAAGCUAUUUACAUGCAGACAUAGCUUGUUUAAGAUCAGUUGCAAGUGAUUUGAAUGUGGCCUAGCUAUGAAUUAAAAUAUUACACAAUAAAACUUUUUUGACCUA